AGUAGGUUAUGUUUGGGUCUAGUCCAUUGCAAUCGUAACUUCGCAGAACGAAUACACAACAAGUUGUUGUUCAGUAAACUUCUUCAUAAAACCUUAAAAUUGAUAAAUUUCAAGAGAAAACAUCAAAUAACGUUAUUAUAUGGUAAGAAUAAAUAUAUUGUCUUGUUGCAGUACUUCAGAAAUAUGCAAUUGUUAAAUACAACAUAUCAUUCUUGAAGAUAUGUAUGUUGCGAUCAAUUUAAAAUUAACCAUAGAAUUCAUCUACUGAUUUGUCUUUCCCGAUAACAGUGGAUCAAAGAUUAGCUGGAAGUUUCAUUCUUCAGUACUGCCAGUGAUUUUGAAGACAAAAUUUGAACCUCCAUAUGCUGUAUGGUCAACCAUCAACACACAACAAUGUAAACCAGAGUCGGUAUAUUUUGAAGGCUCCAAGAUAAAUAGUUCAGCUGUGACUGCCUGACUUGGCUACAACAAAAAUGGCUUUGAGCUUUGAAAUGCAAAAUCUUUCUAUCAAUCCAUCAGAAUUCAAGUUGCCAGGCUAUCGUUUCGAUAAACUUCUCGGAAAGGGGAGCUUCGCCACCGUCUACAGGGCUGUAGCUCUGAAUGGACCAAAUCACGAAGUGUAUGCAGUGAAGGUGAUCGAAAGAGCUAGUCUAGUCAGGCAUGACAUUGACAACCUGAUGAAUGAAAUUGGAAUUUUGAAGAAACUCCAUCACCCUAAUAUAGUUAAUAUGAAAGACUUCCACUGGGAUCCCAAAUAUGUGUACAUAAUAACAGAGUACUGUGAAGGGGGAGAUCUGUCAGUUUUCAUCAGAAAGCGAGAGCGACUCCCCGAACGCGUUUGUCUCAAGUUUCUGAAGCAGCUGGCAAUUGGUCUGCACUAUCUCAGAACCAACAACAUUUCUCAUUACGAUCUCAAGCCCAACAACCUCCUCAUCAAGAUGAAGCCUGUCACUUUGAAAAUUGGUGACUUUGGCUUCGCCGAGUACAUGUCGCCGGGCGUCAAGCAGCUAGUGCUGAAGGGCUCCCCGCUGUACAUGGCGCCCGAAAUGGUGAGCGGUCGGCCGAGCGACGCCAAGGUCGACCUGUGGUCGGUGGGCGUCAUAUUCUACGAGUGCCUCUACGGCAGGCCGCCAUUUGCCGACUGCUCGUUCGACCAGCUGACAAAACUGUUCAGUGACAACGAUGUUGUGGUCAAGAUUCCUUCAGACGGCGAUGUGUCGACCAAGUCUCGCCAUCUGCUGUCGUGUCUGCUACAGACGGAUCCUGCGCAGCGCAUCGAGUUUGACGUCUUCUUUGCGCAUCCGCUGAUCGAGGUGGCGCAUGCGCCCAGCAAGCACACCUAUAGGUUCGGAGUGCACCUUGCCGACAAGGCGGUGCGCCUGGACUAUCAGCGCCGCCUCGCCGAGGCGGUCGACUUCUACGUUGACGCCAUUUCCUACCUGUUACCGCAUGUCAAACUUGAAGAGGACGAGCUGAAGAGAGACACGCUCCAGAGUUACUUGAGGAAGUACAUGGAUAGGGCCGAAGCUCUACUGCCAGUCACCAAGCAAGUGGAAGUUGAUCCAUACUCUCAACUGACCACUCUCAGAACUAUGUGCAAAUCGACUCCAGCACUGGCGGAUGCUUUAGACACAAUCGCAACAGCUGAAAUGUAUGUGGCGGAGGGAUAUUAUGUGGCUGCCUAUAGCAAACUAGAGUACGCGCUCACUGUGAUAAUGGACGCCCUCGCCAAAGAGCCUCCCGGCCCACGACGAAAAUUAUUACAUAAACAGACAUGUGAGUGGAUGAAUCAGGCGACUAGAGUUCAGGCUCUCAUUGAUGCAUCAGAAAAAGAAUAUCUCUCGGAGGUCGAACUCCUCCAGAACAAAG